CCCGACCCCGGUGCCCCGAGCUCCGCAGGCCCCGGAGCCCCCCAGCCCCUGACGCCCAGGGACCCCUCAAAGCCCCUCCGACUCCGCGGCGACAUCCCCCCCAUCACUGUCGUCAUGUCGCGACCGAUGACCGACGAGGACCGGCGGCGGCAGAUCAGCGUGCGGGGGCUGGCGGGGGCCGAGAACGUGGCGGAGCUGAAGCGCAACUUCAACCGGCACCUGCACUUCACCCUCGUCAAGGAUCGCAAUGUCGCGACACCGCGCGAUUACUACUUUGCUCUGGCCCACACCGUGCGCGACCACCUGGUGGGGCGCUGGCUGCGGACACAGCAGUACUACUACGAGAAGGACCCCAAGCGCAUCUAUUACCUGUCCCUGGAGUUCUACAUGGGGCGCACUCUGACCAACACGAUGGUGAACCUGGCGCUGCAGAGCGGCUGCGAUGAGAUGCUGUACCAGCUGGGGCUGGACAUGGAGGAGCUGCAGGAGAUCGAGGAGGACGCGGGGCUGGGGAACGGCGGCCUGGGGAGGCUGGCAGCCUGUUUCCUGGACUCCAUGGCCACCCUGGGACUCGCUGCCUACGGAUACGGGAUCCGCUACGAGUUCGGGAUCUUCAACCAGCGAAUCGCGGGGGGGUGGCAGGUGGAGGAAGCCGACGAUUGGCUGCGCUACGGGAACCCCUGGGAGAAGGCCCGUCCCGAGUACACGAUCCCAGUGAGGUUCUACGGGAGGGUGGAGCACGGCCCGGGCGGGGCCAGGUGGCUGGACACGCAG